AUGCCGAAUUCAUUACAGCGUGGAACUCUUAUACGGAACGUCAGACGGUUAAGCCGGCGAAACCCAGAUCAUGAGCAGCUGUGCCAGCUGCAGGGAGCCCUGUCAAACUGCCUCGCCGAUGUGUCCGCCUACCCCGAGUCGCAGCAAGCCGAGCUUUUCGUCACAUGCGGGUGGCUUAAGACUGUUGUGUGGCAGCUGUGCUUGUCAGCGACGACGCUGACGAGCACGAAUUAUUGCGAUAGUAUGUCGCUAGGCUAUCCCUUAAGCAUAGCCCGAGACAUUGUCCUUGUCCUCCAACUCUCACCCCAGAGGACCUUUGCUACAAACAGGGUUAGCAUGUUGGAGAAGUUGUCCCAGGUUGGAAGUUCACUAGCAGAUGUGCUUUCAUUGAACGCACCUACUGUUCUCCGGCCAUUGACGCUUGAUGCUUCUAUGGACACUCUGAUGGAGAUUUUGAAGAUCGCGAGCGAGAUGCUCCGAGCCAGUUGUGAGUCCCCCACCCCCCGAAACAAGCUCAGUUAA